ACAAUCCUGAUUGAGGUAUAUGUUGUGUCGUACGGUUGUGUUUGCGCUCUGAUUUAUUGUUGUGAUUCAUCCGCGUUGUGUUCUUUUUGUUGGGAAAGAUUAGUGGUUACGCUGAAGUUAUAUCAUUAAUCGUUAAUUUUCUGCCUCUCCUAAGUUUUGGAUUCCAUUUAAUAGCACAGAGGCUGACAGAGGACAGAUCGAAGUGUUGAGUUGAAAUUCUAGCGAUAGCAAAGGUAAAUUGCACACAUCAUGUCAGCACAAAGUUUAUGGGACUCACUCCCUCUUCGUAUGCCCCCAUUUCAUUCGAAGAAUUGUACAGCUAACUCGGAUGACGGUAGAAUUCACCCUGGUCCUUGUAGACAUGUCGUGAAUACUGGCUCUCACUCUCACAGUUCUGGGAAUCCAUUUCUUACCGCGGUUCGACUUGCACUGAAUGAAUGCGGUCUAAUAAACGAAUGCGACACUUAUGACGAAAGAUUGAUUGCUGAAUACAAUAAUUUUGAUCCUGAAAGGAGCUUAGAAUUGCUUCUUGAGAGAUUCUCCGACGGUGUGAGAAAGAGUCAAAAAGUGGUCAGAAACGCAGUUCAAUCUCCGACAGCUUUCGUCGACGAGAUGAAAACCUUGGUGUCGUGGAGUAACGAAGGUUUAAAGCCUGAGGAAGUUAUACAACUCGAAAAAAAUUAUGGUAUCCAGGAAUUAGGCACUAACAAGAACUCACUAACCUAUUCACGGCUGCGGUUCCUAUUUCCGAAUUUCAUAGGCUUGACGUCGGAUGGAGUCUAUGGUGAAAAUAAGUUUAUUCCUCAAAUGUUCGGCGCACCUGAAUUUGGAGGACUCAUACCCUCCGUGUGUUCCACUCGAGUUUGCAGAGACGAGAUCAUUGCCGUGCACCUCUGCUGCUUGAGACUUGUGUAUCCUCAAACAUCACUGAAACUUCAUCACUUGUUUUUGAAGAAGAGGAUUGACGGGGGAUUGCUUUCGGAUGAGAAAAGGAGACACUUUCUUUCUGGACGAGAAAUUAUAAAGCCGGAUGGUAAACCGACAGAAAAAUUUCGACGAGUAUAUGCAACUGUGUGUCGACUUUACAGUGACCUCAUCGCCGAAAUUAAACAGGUUGAACAGAUGAAUGGAUUCACACUUUAAUUAAGUGACCUCGCAAUAAGGAUAACUCGUCUAAGUAUGCUUUAGAGCCUUUUUAAGUGAGAUUAUUUUUAUAUUGUCUAAAUUAGGCACUAAAGAGUAUAUUUACCUAAACAUAGUCCUAAUAAUAGCGGUGGUCUCUGUUGAUUCCUCUUCCUUCUAAGAAAAAGAAAAAAGAAAUUUAAUUAAUUAAUAAUAAAACAAUGAAAACUUAA